CCAGUUCACAAGUAAGUUUUAUUUACUAACACCUUGUUGAAGUAAAGAAGGAACAAAAAUGAUGAACAAAGCUGUUGCGUUUCUUUUCAUGUUGAUAACGGUAACAUUGUCCACUGACUAUUGCUCAGAUUCCAUUUGUAAAAAGGGAGAGAAGCACAUUGCUUGCGACAAUGAUGGUAAAUUUGACAAAACAUGCCCAUCAAAUGUCAAUAUCAUUGAAUUUACCGGUGAUUUUAAGGAAUUUGCAAUAAAUACACAAAAUAAACUACGCAAUCGAAUUGCUCUUGGUGAAAUUGUGGGCUAUGACAAAGCCGCUCGAAUGGCAACACUUGUCUGGCAUGAUGAACUGGCCAAACUUGCUGAAUAUACUGUGCGCACAUGUAUAUUUGAACAUGAUGAAUGUCACAAUACGGAUAAUUUUCCACAUGCUGGUCAAAAUAUAGCAAUAGCAAAAGGCGGUAAAAAAACUAUAGAUCCCAAAGAGGUCAUUGAAAAUACGACAAAAGGCUGGUUCGAUGAACACUUCAAUGCAAACAAGAGUAUCAUAGCAAAUUAUAAAAGAAAUGGCAAAACGAUCGGUCAUUUCACGCAAUUGGUACAAGAUCAGGCGUAUGCUGUUGGUUGUGCUUUGGUUCAAUUUAAGAAAGACGCAUACACAACGAUCUAUGCUUGCGAUUAUUCACUAGGAAAUUUAAAAAACAUCCCAGUAUAUGAAGCGUCCUCGAAAACCGCAUCAAAAUGCACAAAAGGAACAAAUCCACAGUUGAAAGGACUUUGCAGCACCAGUGAAAUCUAUGACAACAAAUUAUUUUAUAAUUGAAUAAAAAUAACUUCUUU